AACCGGGUUUAAGUCUCCUUGCAAGGAUUCGCGGACUAAGCUUGGACUUUGAUUCUGAGGUUUGGGCCUCGAUUCCGAGCCGGGGCCUGGAGUCCGGAACCUUUCCAUCCCCCUUCCUUCACCUCCGCGGAUCGGGCCGCUAGACUACUUCCUCGAGUCUGAAUCUGGACCCUUGCCAUCCCUGAAUACAGCCAAAUUAUGUGCAUAUUCCAGCUGCGCCUGAAAGUAAAUAUAGAACGGACCACUUCUGUUCCGGACUGUUGAAGAUCACAGUUUUUUCAAAAUGCCUGCAGUUUCAAGUGAUGUGAAGAAAUUGUAUGUGUCUACGUGUUUGGCUGAUCUCAAUAAGAAAGCAGAAGUGAAACUGGAAAAGAAAAGCACUAAAAGCAUUGUUGCAAGCGCCUGUAAAAUUUUCAAGGCUGCAGAAGAAAGUAGGUUGGACAGAGAUGAAGAAAGAGCCUAUGUUCUUUACAUGAAGUAUCUAACUAUAUAUGAUAUAAUUCGGAAAAGGAACGAUUAUAAACACCAGCAGGACUACUAUGUUUCUUUACUUGGUCCGACAAGCUUCCGAAAAGCCUUAGAAGAAGCAGAAAGACUUUCUGAAAGCCUGAAAUUAAGAUAUGAGGAAGCUGAAGUACGUAAAAAGCUUGAAGAAAAUGAUAGGCUGCAAGAAGAGAAAUGCAAAGAGCAAGAAGAAACAAAAAGCAAGGGACAAGACUACAAUUUGGCAUCAGCAACCAGAGGUUCUUCAGGCCAGGUUGAGAAAGGAAACCUAAAGGGCGACAGUGUGCUGAGCGACAAAUCAGAACGCAUUGCAGGUUCACCUCGAGACACAAUUAGUGCAGAAAAAUUGUUUGCAAUGCUGCAAGAUGGAAACACUGAGGUGAUCAUUAUGGAUGCACGGAGCUCCAAGGAUUACCAGGAAUCUCACAUACACAUGGCCAGGUCAUGUUGUAUAAGUGUGCCGGAGGAAGCUAUCAAUCCAGGAAUCACUGUCAACCAGAUAGAGUUGAGACUGCCAGAAGAAUCAAAGGAGACAUGGCGGAAGCGGCAGUUUGUUGAUUACAUUAUUUUGUUGGAUUGGUUAAGUUCCAUCAACCAGUUGACAAGAGGAACUGUUCUUCAGAGUCUCAAAGAUGCACUUUACAAGUGGGAUAGCCAGGUAGUUCUUCAGAGUGAACCAAUGGUAUUGGAGGGUGGUUAUGACAGUUGGCUUCGCUGCUACCCAAUGUAUACCACCAAUCCCAAAGUGGCUGUUCCAAAGGAAGAAUCCUGUACUGCUGUCCAAGUGUCCUUGAACUUUAGUUAUCCAUCUUUGGAGGAACCACCACCUCUUCAACCACCUCCUGCAGACCAUGAUGAAGUGGAGGCUUUCCAAGAAUUGGGAAGUUUUAAUGGAAACAUCGCUGAGUUGGAAGGGACUACAAAAGAAGUCAGCAUAGAACCAAUUGCUAACGGAGUUCCUGGUCCGAAAGUUUCAGUAUCAACUGGUGUGUUGCCUGUUGCAGUGAAAACCAUUCCACAGAUUGAUCGAACUAAGAAGCCUGCACUAAAAAUGCCAGAGAGGUCUCAUCCCAAAUCUGACAUUGCUGGUACAGAGAGCCUGCCAGUUCACAACGGACCAGUGAUACCAGAUCGGUCAACAAAGCCAUUUGUGGAACCACAAAACCCUUUAACAGAUGAAGAAAUAAGUCAGAUCCAUGCUGAAGCAGCACAGAUUAAGGAGAAGGCCAGAAAGGAAAAAGAACAGCGUGGACGCAGACAGGAAGAGCAAAGAAAAAAGGAGCAAUCGGAGAGAGAUAAGGAAAAAGAGCAGCAAGAGGAAGAAGAAAAAGAGCUCAAACUAAAAGCAGAGCAAGACAAACAGAGCAAAGAAAGUGAAGAGCAGAGAAGACAGGAACAGGAAGACAAGGGGCUGAAAGAGGAAGAUGAAAGGAAACUAUUAGCAGAGCAAGUGAAGAAGUCUCUGGAAGAAAAGGGUAAAACUGAAGGUCAGAAAAAAGAGCACGCGGAUAUGAGGAAAGAAGCGGAAGAGCAAUCUGUACCUGAGCCAGAGGCCAGCAGCUCCAGUAGAGAAAAGCAGGAACCUCGAGAUAUGUUAACCAGAGCAAGAAGUGAAGAAAUGGGUCGGACUGUUCCAGGCCUGCCACCAGGAUGGAUGAAGUUUCUCGAUGUGGUGACUGGAACCUACCGAUACUAUCAUUCACCGACCAAUGCUGUUCACAUGUACCCACCUGAAAUGGUGCCAUCGAUCACACCACCUACAACCCCUCCAACUCAUAAAGCCAAACCACAAAGUGCAACAGAUGCUGAUGUCCCCAAACUGAAACGCUCCUACUCCUCGCCGGAUAUUGCUCAAGCAAUUCACGAUGAGCAAAGGAAGGCGAUAACAAUCAAACCGGUGCCCACAAUCAAUCGGGAAACAAAACCUGCUGUCUGCAGCAAAACUGAAAUCUCAAGCCCUUCAGCUUCUCAAAUCCGAAACUUAAAUCCUGUGUACGGAGGCUUGGGUCGGGCCCUGACUGGUCUACGCAACCUUGGCAACACCUGCUACAUGAAUUCCAUCUUGCAGUGUUUAUGUAACACUCCACGACUGGCUGAGUACUUCAAUAAAAAUUGUUACCAACGAGAUAUAAACAGGUCAAACAUUCUUGGUCACAAAGGUGAGGUUGCUGAAGAGUUUGGUAUAAUAAUGAAGACUUUGUGGUCAGGACAAUACAAAUGCAUCAGUCCAAGAGACUUCCGGGGGCGCAUUGGAAAAAUAAAUGAAACGUUUGGAGAGUAUGCGCAGCAGGAUUCCCAGGAACUACUCCUUUUUCUCAUGGAUGGGCUUCACGAAGAUCUAAAUGAAGCUGAAAAGAAACGGUACAAAGAGGAGAAUAACGACAGCUUGGAUGAUACAAGAGCAGCUGAUCUGGCCUGGACGAAGCACAAAUCUCUCAACAAAUCCAUAAUAGUUACCUUGUUCCAAGGCCAGUUUAAAUCAACAGUACAGUGUCUGACUUGUCAUAAGAGGUCACGAACGUUUGAGGCCUUCAUGUAUCUAUCUCUGCCACUUCCUUCUUCCAGCAAGUGUUCUCUGCAGGAUUGUCUCAAAUCAUUUUCCAAAGAAGAGAAACUCACAGACAACAAUCGCUUCCAUUGUAGCAAUUGUAAGGCUCACCGCGAUUCCACAAAGAAGCUAGAGAUCUGGAAACUGCCCCCCAUUCUACUGGUGCAUCUGAAACGAUUCUCUUACGAAGGAAGAUGGAAACAGAAGUUGCAGACAAAUGUUGACUUUCCUUUGGAGAAUCUGGAGCUGUCAAACUAUGUGAUUGGUCCAAAGAACAAUGUGAAAAAAUACAAUUCAUUCGCAGUGUCGAAUCAUUAUGGAGGACUAGAUGGAGGGCACUACACAGCAUACUGCAAGAAUGCAGUGAAGCAGCGCUGGUACAAGUUUGAUGACCAAGAUGUUUCGGAGAUAUCUUCUUCCUCGGUGAGGUCUUCAGCUGCUUACAUUCUCUUCUACAGUUCAUUGGAGCUCUGUGUAGCCGACUUAGCUACAUAACAGCAUUUAUUGCUCCACUUUGUUGUACUCUGUUAGUGUUAUAUCUGGCUGCAUUGGGCAUGUGCCUAGAAGAACUUGCAGUAUAUUCUGCUGAAGCAAAACACUUUCACAAUGAGAUCUUAACUGGAUGAUCUGCCCAUUGUACUUGGAGUACCUGCAUACCAGAAAGGUGAACUUCAGUUAUGUAAUAGAAUUAAAAAUCUUCUAUUAGAAUGUCAAAUUCUGUUCUCUAAGCAGAGAUUGUAGUUUGCGAUAGUUUCACAGCCAAAAUUCCAUUGCCCGUCAGAUUAUCUUUGCUGCUAUGUGAAAAAGAGGUACUUGUAUGAUUCUCCCAAAUUAACUUCCUGUUGUAUUGGCCUUUCUAUAUCAGUUAUAGUGAAUCUUUCUGUACUGUGGAAAAUAGCCGGGAGUAAUAUAAACUGAUGGAGAUGUAUCUGUACAUAAUAACUGCAGAUUGCACAAAAUGUCUGUGUGUGUGUGUGUAUAUAAGCUAUAAAUACUUUUAAAAAGUAAUACUUUUUUUUGAAGUAAUGUUGGCUAUAUUUCUACCUAAAACCUGAACAAGUGCUUAAUUGAAAAUGUAACUGCUGCACCUGAUCUUAUCCCAAAGUUGUAUUGCAAUUUUUUUCAGAUUUUUGCAAAACCUAUGCAUUUAAAAUAUACUAAACAGUUAAUCCAGACAACCUGUCUGAUUUGCUGAUGAAUGAUUGUUCUCUCUAUUGGAGAGUAGUGGAGCCAUUUCCACAUUGCCUGUAUAAUUGCCUGUGUUUAUUGAUGUACCGAUACUGCAGUCUCGCGGUAAUUUAAGUGGAGGAAUGUAACUAAACUCUAAUGAAACCUCCACUCUGCCUGCUUCUCACUAAGGUUGUUGAUAUUGCUGGCAUUCUUAUCUCUUUCCUUGGUGAAGGCAAAGAAUAAUUGGGAAAUGGAAUGUUGAUCUUGAGUUAGAAUGGAUGAAAGAGAUGUUGAAGCUGAAGGGUUCUGUUCAGACUCCAUCUACGACACUGGGUUCACUUCUCAAAGCACCAGCAUUGGUGCAGUGCAAAUUUGCCAGAGUGGAAGUGCAGCUAAAUUAGUUCAAUUUGGAGACUUCUGUACACAGUCCAGGCUUGUAUUCCCAUAAAGUUUGAAAGUGAGGGAGUAAUUUACCCAAGAUGUUUAAUGUAUUCAAAGGAUGUGGAUCCAACUAAUCCCCUUCUAUCUCUCCCCCCCCCCCCCCCCCCCCCCUAUCAUCCCCAGGCCCUAGCAGUAAGGUUCUCUCUCAAUUAUCAAAGGUUACAAGACCAUUGCUGUAAGAAAAAACUGAUCAAAGUAUCCUGCUGGCAGGUAAAGCCAGCUCUGCUUCGAACGAUGCAGGUGGAAAAUGAAAAUAGUUUCUUCUAAUGGGAGAGGCUCAAGAAUUCAGGCUAUGUUAAUGCAGAUCCUGCCGGGGUUCUGCAGGACUUCAAAUUACUGUUUGAAAUUAGUGCUUUUCAAAUAGUACUUUUUACUCUUGACAAAGUUAAAAAUACAUGAAUUAUUGAGCAGUAGAUAUUGUGAGUUACAAAACAAAGUUGGGUAGUUAGUGUGGAAGAAACUGGCCAUGAUCUUAUUGAGGGUACGUGUAUGAGGGAUGAUUACUCGCUCCUCUUGUUGACCACCUCACUCCCUCCUUUGCUUUCCCCUGUGUUUCUUGUGUAUCCCUAGGAUCACAGUAAGGGAUUGUGUACAAAUUACUUUUGGCAUCAACUAAGAAAAUGUUGCUGUUGCAAUCCCCAGUUCCUCUUUUAGUUGGAGACUUGCAUAACAGAUUGACAAUGAAACUUCGACAAAGUCCUUGCCCAAAUGAUUAAAAAAAUGAUUCAGCUCAGAGCAAUAUGGUACACUGAGUUAGCAAUUUUAAACAGCAAUCCCAACAUUAAAUAUGGAAACCCAUUCACCAAGUGGAGAUUAUACUUUUAUAGAAUAGAUUAAACUUCUAAUGACCGUCUAGAAAUACCAGCACAUGUUCUACAGAAUUCAUUUUGCUCAGAAAAAGAUUUGUAUUGGCACUUUGAUUUGAGAAACUUUUUAUUUAAAUGUUUAUUUUUAUCUGCUUCUUGUUGGAGUUAGUCAUUUAUAUUCCCACACUACACAUGACAGGAAGAUCUGAAAUCACAUCAAGAUGCAUGAUGGCCUGGCUUAGUCCAAAUUUUAUUUUGAGGAUCUAACAAGUUGCUGUCCUUGCUUGACCGCCUUUUAAUGAAUCUGUAGUCUUAGUGCGGUAACUACACUAAAUAUUUCAUUUGGAUUAAUAAAAUAUUAUCUGGUUAUAUUGACACUAUUUGUUUGAAAUUAUUCAACUUCCAUAAUUUGAAGAUGGUCCACUGUGUUUUCAACAUUUAUUAAUAAUGAAAGCAACAGUGGAAACGGGCCUUAGGUGGUAUUAUAGUUGUAGUACAAGAUAUUCCACCUUAUCCUCCUAUUUCUGUGGCAUCUAUCAUAUGACAUGCCUUAAGUUGUAUUGUUUUAAUACUUCACAUUAGGAGUUUUGUUCCUGAGAUGUGAUGCUUUGCUAGCCUUUUUCUGUAUUUUUCUCAAUAUUAAACAUUGCUGAUUCAAGUGA